CAGAUAAUACGAGCUAAAAUCAAAAUAAAAACAAGUUGUGAUCUCAUCUCGAUAAAUCAAAGCAAGGAAAAAUCGAUCGGUCUAGACUACAGUUCAGGCAAGUUUUCGUUCCCGUUACCGCAAAGUGUCUUCCAGCAAUCGAAUUCGCACCAAAUUUAAUGAGUUCACUAAAAUAUUGGAUUCUUAUAGCGGUUCGAUUGUUCACGCACUUUUUCCUUUGACAAUUCAAUCGCAUCGGUCAGCUUAGCUUGGAAAGUGCCUCUGGCGGUAGCAGCACAAGAAGUCAAAGUUUUACCAGCAACAGUCGAAGUGGUAUCGCGAACGAUUCCAAUAACUCCUUGGUGCAGGUUAGCUGUUGCAGGGGAAACUGUGUUCCACAACCGGACCCGAAAAUGCUAGAUCUAGACAGUAGACCGAUACCGAAUCAGAUCGGAUAUCUGAUCAUGUCGGAAGAUGGAGCGGUGCUUGCUUCCGGUGGCGAAAUGGAGAAUGACGAGAGAAGUGCUGGCAUUAUCAUCGGGUUGCUGACACUUACGGAAAGUGUUGACCCGUCAGUUUUCAAAAAUCGAUCAUGCAAAAAGAUAUCUAUCGUGUAUGAGGAACACAGCUAUACAAUUUGCCUUUCGAACAAAAAGGUGUAUGUGGUCAAACGGCGGAACGCACCGAGCGUAGCGGGAAGUGCCGGGGAUACCACAGAAAGUCGAACGAUUUUCGCCUAAAGAAAUACGUUUGAUCCUUUUUUCUAAAAAUCUGCAAGCUCUCAAAUAAAAGGAAAUAAAACAAAAUGUUAACUAUUCACUA